GCUCACGACCCGGAUGUUAAUACAGUACUAACAUUUCUGAUAGUAGCUGGAAAUGAAGAAGAAUGGUUUACCAUUGACAGGAAAAGCGGGCGAGUAACAACAGCCAGUGUACUGGAUUAUGAAGAAAGACAGUCGUACGACCUACUGAUACAGGCGUCUGAUGGACAGAAUACGGCAGUGGCUCCUCUGACUGUGAAGGUUGUGGACAUUAACGACAAGCAGCCCGUGUUUACUCACAGUCAUUACAACUUUUCAGUGUUUGAAGAACUUCAAGAAAACGUAUCAGUUGGUACAGUGCUGGCUGUUGACGGAGACACCGGAAAGAAUGCUGAAGUCCAUUACAGUAUUAUUGGCAACAAAGCCAGCGCCGCCUUCCACAUCGAUAAAGAUGGAAAUAUUCUCACCAGGAGAAGCUUGGAUCGAGAAAUGGAGACCAAAAUUGAAUUUUUGGUGAUUGCAUUUGACAGAGGAGUGCCGCAGCUUAGCGGCACCGCGACAGUUCUUGUACGAGUAGAUGAUAUUAACGAUAACCCUCCACAGUUCGACAGGGAAUCCUACACUGUUCUGGUGCCCGAAGAGAAAGAACCACCUUUCAAAGUAUUUGAAAUGAACGCUGCUGACAAGGACGAGGGUGAAAACGCCUUGAUUAAAUACAAUAUCGUCCAAGGAAAUGACCACCAGGCUUUUGAGAUCGAUGAAGAAACGGGGAUUGUAUACACAGCUGACAAACUGAACUAUGAAGACCAACCCCAGUACAUUCUUCGAGUAGCAGCAAGUAAUCGGAGGGCCUUCCAGGGACCCAAAGCGUCCAUAAUCGCUAAUACUGUGGUGGACUUAGUGGUCAAAGUUCAA